AUGACAUCAGCAGAACAAAAAGAAGAUAAAGAAGUUUUUAAACUUGAUUUAGAGGGAACAUCAGAGACGAGUGGAGAUGACACGAAAAUUAACAAGAAGAGAAUCAUCAAGCUCUCAAAGCCGAAUCCUCCAGACUUUGGAAAGCAAUCUGCAGGAAGAAGAGCAGACACCGAACCAGAGUCUCAGCGGAGAGCAUUUCUGAAAUUACUUCAAAACAUAGGAUGGAUCCCGUCUGCGUUCCUGCCAAGAAUCUUUUAUUUCCUGAGAGCAGCACCAGAGACCGGUUGUUUACUGCAGAAGCAGCAAGUGAACCAGAAGAUGACCAAACAUGAUCAGACUCCAGAUCCCAGUGAGAGAAGGAGAACUUCCUCCAGUUUGUCCCACAGCGCUCACUUUCUCCCUCUCCUCUCUACAGAAAACACAGACUUAGAGCGAGCAGCAAGCUUCCCUGAGCUGAAGUCACCAAGCAGCGCAGAGGAGUUCACGCCUGACGUCACUGAUGAUGAUGAUGAUGAUGAUGAAACCUUCACGUUCCAGUGCUCCGCUCCAGGCCUGUACCAGUGCAGAGAGACCGGUCUGGUGUUUGACACGAAGGCAGAAGGAGACGUGGUUUACAGGAUCGCUCCUUGGGACAGAAGAUCUCUGAGCCUGCAUCACAAGAAGCCUGCAGGACCUCUGUUUGACAUCAGCUGUGAGCAGCAGUCUGUGUGAGGCCUUCACCUCCCUCACUGUGAGGUCACAUCCAUGGGUGGACAUCACUUCCUGUCUGUGGCUCAUGUAGACGGUGAAGGCACAGAGUUCAUCAGACCUGAGAAGGUAACAGAAACCCACGUCGUCAUUAACAUCACAGGCCUUUCUGCUUUUGGGAACAUCAAGCAUGAAGACUCUCCUCCUGACCCGGCCCGAGCUCUGGUUCUGCUGUUCUACAAACCUCCAGUGGGUCCUGAUCCUGAACAUCAGAUUAAUGUUUUGAUGAUUCCAAACAACAUUUCUCUUGGGAAGGUUUUGCGUUUCAGGAAGAAACUAGAUCGAGAUGAGGUGUUUUUAGAGACACCCCCCCCCCCCCCCCCCACCCCCCACCCCCCCCACUGUAAGCUGCAGCCGAAGCAGGUCUACUCUCUGUCCACCGGUCCUGGAGACGACUCGGUUCGGGUUCAGCCAACAGAAGCAGAGUUUGAGGAGUCCUACGAAAACUACUUCCCAGCAUUCCAGGUGUUUUGUGAUAACAUGAAAGUGUGUCUGAAGGACAGCAGGUCCAACAGCGUCUGGGGGAGACGGGUUUGUCUGUCCCCUGGACAAAAACGGUCCUGUGGACCAACCCGUCAGAAUCUAGGUCCAACCGAGCAGCUGUCAGAGAUAUGGAUCGGCUUCAUCAGUGGGAUAUCAGAACCUGUUCUUAAGAGUUUGUUGGACAAACUUCUGGAGAAGAAUGUGGUCCAGGAUUAUGAGAGAGAUGCAGCCCUGGCAGAGAAGGAGAAAGGAGACAAAGCUCGUUUUGUUAUCAUCAUCGUGAGGAAGAACGGUCACGCCGCCAGUUCAGAGAUGAUCGAGUCUCUCUGUGACCUCGACCCCUUCUUCUCUGAACAUCUGGGUCUGAUGUGAGGCUGAAGGAAGUUACAGGAGACAGGUUUCUACAUGAGGUCCUACGUAAUCCAGCAUGUUUACCUGACCUGGAACUGAUACGCAUCAAUUAUUAUGUAUGAAGUACGUUUAAUACAGCAGCAGGUGUAAAACAAUCCAAACAACAAACAGGAGAACUCGGUUACGGCUAAAGAGACGCAGUAACCGUUAAAGAUGGAUGAGCGUUAAACAUUCAACCUAAGGAACUAAAGAGGAAACAUCGGAGGUAAUAAAACAGGAAAAAACUGAGUGUCCAGUUAUUCUCCAUGAUGCGUUUCCUGUUGCGUCCCACUAAUGAGGUUCAACCACAGCUUCUGAUUAGUUUUGUUUUAAAACGGUCAGGUGUGCGUGUGUUAUAACUGUUUUACCAAAUGCAUGACCUGAAUUUAGGCAUCUUUGGGUUUUUAUGUAUAUUUUUAUAACUUGUUAUGGUUGUUCAUUUUGAUUAGGAAUAGUUUUUAUUGCUGUUAUUAAGCUUAUUGUCUGCUGGUUUUUCAUGUCUUCUGUACGUGAGAUUUUAAAGUUUCUUACUUUCAGCAGCAUUUUGGUUUACUGUUUCAGUUAUUCUUCAAUUAAAAAGAAAUUUUUUGCAACUAAACUGGUUGUUUUAAAUCUGCAGCUGGUAUAAUUUAUACAUAACAGCUGAGUUUGAACCAAACUUAGCAACAACUCUACAUAUUUGCAUCAGAAUCUAGAAUAGAGAUGAUUUAGAUUCAUACAGAUACUAAACUUCAUCCAACAGGUUCUCCAGUGGAACAGAAGUACUUACAGAGCAGUAAAUCGUUACUACAACCAUAAGAGUACACUUCAAUGGUUCACUUAGAAAUGGUACCUGGUUUUUGUUUGACCCAUUUCUAAAACAUUUGUUUUUGAAACUGUAAACGUCACUAAGUUCCCAUCCAAUGGGCAUUU